CCGGCGCUCCGUUGUCUUUCCGCUGUGUGUUUCCGAGGCCGGGGGGAGACAGACUCCAGGCAGCCAGUUACCCCGGGUUACCCGAGCGGCUCCGCGCACCCCGAUAUCAGCAGAUCUCCUCCCUCACCAUGUCCGUGCUUGCACCCAACCGCUCCCAGUCCGGCUGGCCCCGCGGGGUCAACCAGUUCGGCAACAAAUACCUGCAGCAGAGCAAGCCGCUCACCGUGGAGAGAACCAUCAACCUAUAUCCUCUGACAAAUUACACAUUUGGUACCAAGGAACCCCUGUAUGAGAAGGACAGUUCAGUUGCUGCGAGGUUCCAGCGUAUGCGAGAAGAGUUUGAUAAGAUGGGAAUGAGGCGCACUGUUGAAGGAGUUCUAAUCGUCCAUGAACACAGAUUACCACAUGUCCUUUUAUUGCAAUUGGGAACUACCUUCUUUAAACUGCCUGGUGGUGAGCUAAACCCAGGAGAGGAUGAAGUUGAAGGUUUGAAGCGUUUGAUGACAGAAAUCCUUGGGCGCCAAGAUGGGGUGCAACAAGAGUGGGUUAUUGAUGACUGCAUUGGUAACUGGUGGAGGCCAAACUUUGAACCACCACAGUAUCCAUACAUUCCCGCUCACAUUACAAAACCCAAAGAACACAAGAAGCUGUUCUUGGUGCAGUUACAGGAAAAAGCACUAUUUGCAGUGCCGAAAAAUUACAAACUUGUUGCAGCGCCCCUGUUUGAACUCUACGACAAUGCCCCUGGCUAUGGCCCUAUUAUUUCCAGUCUCCCACAGCUUCUAAGCAGGUUCAACUUUAUUUACAACUGAAAAGUCAGCAGUAUCCAGGGCAAGACAGUGCGUGAAUGAAGCGGUCUCUGUGAGCACAGCUUUAAUGUGGGAAAUCGGAAGUUGGAGAGAUGUUUUUUUUUUUUUUUUUUUCUUAGUUUUUUAUUUUUUAUUUUUCCUGAUCUGUUUAACUUGUUGCCCUCAGAAUAGAAGGACUGUGCAGCAAUCCACAGCAGCAAGGUGUUAUAUAGUGUUUUAAUUUUUUUUUAUUGUGUUUCAUUAUUAAGUGUAAUUCAAUUUUCUUACAGAAUUAAAAAAAAUGGAUACUUUCCAGAAUACUUGUCUGUUUAUUGGUGCUCAAUGAAUUUAAUGGAUCAGCAUGAUUUGGGAUGGCAGCUGCUCAAUGAUAGAUCAUAUUUUAUUUGUUCUUAAAUGACCUCUUCUGUGCUGUUUGUAUUUUAUUUUAAAUGAAAGGUGUUAUUUAAACUUCAAAACUUUAAAAACAUUGUUAUAAUAAAAUUUCAAUGAAACAAAUUUUAAAAUUUGCAAAUAUAUUCUCUUCAAA